ACAGAGAAAGCGACAAGUGAGCUGAACACGGCUGAAGACUGGGGUCUUAUCCUGGACUUGUGUGAUAAGGUUGGCCAGUCACGCACGGGGCCUAAAGAUUGUCUGCGCUCCAUUAUGAAAAGAGUGAACCAUAAAGACCCACAUGUAGCAAUGCAAGCACUAACGCUACUAGGAGCCUGUGUGUCCAACUGUGGGAAGAUCUUUCACUUAGAAGUGUGCUCAAGAGACUUUGCAAGUGAAGUUAGCAGUGUGUUAAAUAAGGGGCACCCUAAAGUCUGUGAAAAGUUAAAAGCACUAAUGGUAGAAUGGGCUGACGAAUUCAAGAAUGAUCCACAGCUUAGUCUAAUUUCCGCUAUGAUCAAAAACCUCAAAGAACAAGGGGUCACUUUUCCAGCUAUUGGAUCCCAGGCAGCAGAACAGGCCAAAGCCAGCCCUGCUCUAGUGACGAAGGACCCAGGAACAGUGGCUACAAAGAAAGAGGAAGAGGACCUCGCCAAAGCCAUUGAAUUGUCACUUAAAGAACAGAAGCAGCAAAGCACAGUGUCUAGUCUCUACCCAAGUACAAGCUUCCUGACAAAUCACAAACCAGAGGGAAGAAAAGUGCGAGCCAUCUAUGAUUUCGAAGCUGCAGAGGACAACGAACUGACAUUUAAGGCAGGAGAAAUUGUUACUGUGUUGGAUGACAGUGACCCCAACUGGUGGAAGGGGGAGACUAAUGAAGGUAUUGGAUUAUUUCCCUCCAACUUCGUCACGGCAGACCUCACAGCAGAGCCGGAGAUGAUGAAGACCGAGAAGAAAACGGUUCAGUUCAGUGAUGAAGUACAAGUGGAGACUAUAGAACCAGAGCCUGAGCCUGUCUAUAUAGAUGAGGAUAAAAUGGAUCAAUUACUGCAUAUGCUACAGAACACAGAUCCAACUGAUGGUUUGCCAGACCCGGCAGAUCUUGUACAUCUUGAAGCUGCUUGUCACCAGAUGGGACCAUUGAUUGAUGAAAAACUUGAAGACAUUGACAGGAAGCACUCUGAGCUAUCAGAACUGAACGUGAAAGUCAUGGAAGCACUUUCUUUAUACACAAAAUUAAUGAAUGAAGACCCCAUGUAUUCAAUGUAUGCAAAAAUGCAGAACCAGCAGUACUACAUGCCGCCAGCAGGGGCUGCUCCACAGCAGGCAUAUCAAGGACAACAUCCGAAUGCCACCUAUCUUGUCACUGGAAAUACACAGAUGGGCCACGUUCAGACCUACUCUAUUCCUACAGAACAACUUCCGUCUCUAAGCCAAACGGCGGCUCCACAUCCUGCAGCCUCUGAGCUGGCCAGCCAGUCUCCGCAAGCUUCCUAUAAAGCCACAGUGGUCGGUUCCAGUACAGCAAGCACAUACAUCAACCCAGCUGCUGGUUAUAGCGCCAACCCUGCCCCUGUCGCUGGAGAUCUCACUAUUUAUCAGACUGGUACCAGUAUGUCCCAGGUCCCAAAUUACACACUACCCCCUGCAGCGCUAUCUCCACCCGCAGCCAGCCAAGAGCAACAACAGACUUACCAACAGAAAGCUCUUCUAUAG